AUGAUUAGUACAUUAGUUGCCAAGCUCAAGAGAGUGCUUCAAGGCUGUGGUGCAAUAGCUGCAUCUGAAGAAGAUGUGAAGCUUUUGGGUGCUGUGGGAAGCCCAUUUGUGAUAAGAGUUCAAAUUGCUUUGGCAUUGAAGAGAAUUGAAUACAAAUUUAUUCCAGAAAACUUGGCCAACAAAAGUGAACUUCUCCUCAAAUACAACCCAGUUUAUAAAAAGAUUCCUGUUUUUGUGCACAAUGAGAAGCCUAUAUCAGAAUCCUUUGUGAUUCUUGAGUACAUUGAUGAGACAUGGAAAGAAAAUUCAAUCUUUCCUUCUGAUCCGUACCAAAGAGCCGUGGCUCGAUUUUGGUCCAAGUUCAUAGAUGAUAAGUGUGUGGCAGCCGCAUUGAAAUCUGUAUUUUUGGUUGAUGAGAAAGAACGCAAGAAGGCUAGUGAAGAAUUAUUGAAUGUUUUACAGUUUCUUGAGAAUGAGUUGAAGGACAAGUACUUUGGAGGAAAAGAGAUUGGUAUUGUGGAUAUUGCUGCUCUCUUUAUCCCUUUACUGCAAGAAGUAGCAGAGUUUCAGUUAUUCACAAGUGAGAAAUUACCAAAACUACAUAAAUGGAGUCGAGAAUUUCACAACCAUCCAAUGGUUAAGGAAUGUUUGCCCUCAAAAGAACAACAACUUGCAUAUUACAAAGCUGUCGCUGGAAUACUUGCUGGUCUAUUAAAAUAG